GUUGUUGAACGAUCUUUUAGAUAGCCGCUUUUCGUUGUGUAUUCUUAUUAUUUUUAUGUUUUUUUUUCUUUACUUUUUUUCAUUUGCCUACAUGAGGAAGUGCGCGUAUGUAUAUCGAGCUAAUGCGCUGCUGGUGAGCUACGAUCAGUUGAAUGGCAAACCUCGUAUGGAAAAGUACAUGCAUUUUUACGUGGUCGCUUUUUUUAUUUCUUUCUUUUACAAACGGAAAAAUCAAGUUUCGUUAAUUUAUUGAUUGCAGCGGCGCGUAGGUUGUAGUUUCGGAAAAACAAAUUAAUAAAAUAAAUAGUGUCAGAGCCUUUUUACAAGUGACGCAAACAAACACACGCACACAUACAAGCAAAACAAUUACGAACACUUAUUUAAUAAAAAAAUUACUCACUUUACUAUAACUAUCGUUCAUUUAACGCUUAUCAGCGUCGCUUCAAAACGUUUACUUCAUUGGUUGUCGGUUCUGUUACUAAAAAUAGCGUUUUGCAAAAACUAUUACAAAAACAACGUGCCCGUUAUUUAUUAAUUAAACGGAAUAGUAUGCCAGAUAUAUUACAAGACUUUUUUGAGAUACAAAAUCCCAUUGGAACAUCAAUGUCAACAAAUAGUAGCGCUGGCGCAAGUGCUAUAGCAAAUGGCAGCAGGAAUUUGAAUGGUAGCGGCGAUGGCGAUGGCGGUGGUGGCGGUGCCGCUGUUGGAGACAGUGGUGGUGGUGGCAGAGCUAUUAGCAGCGUCAACACUCUAUCCGUGCCUGGUCAGCAAGAGAUGGUUCAUCAGAAUGGCGCACUUACAGAGGCACCCGCUCAGGGUUACAAGCGUAAGCUGGAACAUAGGUAUGUAAACGCACCAGUGUGGGUAUUCACUAACUACAAUCAUACAGAAUAUUUAUUCGACAAUAUAAAGGGGCGUUGA